AUGCAUUCCUCGCGGUCUAAACACCAGUCUAGUCGAUUUCGACAAACCUUUGGGAACCUUUUCAGCCGCAAGAAACAGCCCAGCAGUCCACGCCAAGGAGGAUUCACGAGUACUGAGGAUGGUAGUCGUGAUAUCGCUCGGCUGGAACUGGCAUACCUCGUACAGGAGAAUCCAGACUUGAAAAGGAUGAUACUGAAGAUUGUCGACCUCGUCUCUCAGACAUCACCAGGGAAUUCGACGCUCGAAGACGCCGUCAAUCUCGCGGCUCGACACUUGCUUCAGAUUGCCGAUGCCGUGCGGUCUAACCACCCAAGCGCUGGCAAUGCUGUCGCCGACUUUACGAGCAUGAUGAAAGAGAUCGAGUCCAUACACUCUUCGAACCAUUCACGGACACAGUGGGAGACGGCAGUCGCAACACACCUCCGCUCCAAGGUCGAACAAAUCAAGCGGUCCCAUCCAGGCGUCUUCGUCGAUUCCAGCGUCAAAGACGAACCUUCGAAAACUUGGACCUUGGUGCUCGGCUCCGCUUCCACCACAGUAUCCGUUCUCAAGGACGUUGCGGAGAUCGUACCUGUGGAGAUGGUUAAAGGGAUUGUCGGGACUGCUUACAGCCUCUUGAACGCAGUAGAGAGAACACGAGCAAACGUCGAAGAAAUGCGACAAAUAGCCCAUAUCGUGAGCAACUUCGUCGUUUCGGUUACCCUGCUAUGCAUGGACCAGACAUUCAAACCUUCCGCGCACUUCGAACGUUGCUUCAACGACCUUGAAGGGAAACUCACCAAGAUCGGUCGCGAAUGUCAAGAUAUGAGCCAGAAAAGUCUUUUGUCGCGGUUCUUCCAUCAGGGCGUACACAAAGAUGACAUCGAGUCCCUUAAAACAGAACUACAAGAAGCUAUCAAUAAGUUCCAGACAGAGAGUCAAGUGAUGCUCCACUUUGAUUUGGGCGCAUUCUCCCAAAAGAUUCACGAGAAGUUAGACCAAGACGCCAUCAACUCCCUCCCUGAACUUGAACGCCACGGCAAUCGUAUCGACGAAUACCUCGACGCUAGCCGCGACGACGAACUCAAAGCCAUCCUGGAAUGGGUGGACAAUCCCGACCAUCCUGUUUCCUGGAUCCAUGGCGCCGCUGGCCUCGGAAAGUCGACUCUUAUGCACAAGGUGGUGGACAUCCUACGGCAGCAAGGACGGCUUGCCACUUUUGCCUUCUUUGUGAAGAAGAAGAACAAGGAUGUCUUCACCACUAUCAAAAUGAUGGCGCGAGAAUUAGCCACGACGCAUCCAAGGGCUGUGCCAGCGAUUGCUCAUGCCGUUCGGACCUGCAAUUCGGCCCAUGGGACGACGCUCGACUACCUCCAGGCCUAUAUCGUCGAGCCGGUUCGUUCGCUUGACGUUCCGUACCCCAUCAUUGUCUCGAUGGAUGCUCUCGAUGAAUGGGACCACCACGAAACCUUCCUACGAGAAUUGAAGAACAUCUCAUCGACAUCGCCAUUUCUCAAGUUCCUCUUCACAAGCCGGUGGUUGCACAGCGUCGAACGAGGCCUGCAGAACAACAGGUUGAAAGAGCUUCCUUUGCCACCGGUGACGGAGGAAAUCGCACGAAGGUACUUUGUAUCUCGCUUCAGCGAAGUUCGAGGGGACACGCAAAUCCUGCUCCUCAACUCCAUCCCCCAACUCGCCAAGCUCGCGAAUGGGCUUCUGGUGUGGGCAGCCACUGUGUGCAAUCUCAUCCUAUCAGACUCGUACACCCGCCCGCCUGUACACGCCCUCCUUGAACGGAUCCUUCAGUCGGGAACGAUGGCUGACCAGGACGAGCGCCUGUCCAGUCUCUACCAUGAAGCCUUGCGGACCAUUCUUGGGGACAAGCCAGAGCAAGUAAAAGUUGGCGCGCAGAUCCUCUCGCACAUGCUCAUUCUUCAAGAGUCCAUUGCCACCUCUGCCUUCACGGAGCUCGUCGACCUUCCGCAAUAUCCUCACGCUGUUCCAGAAAUCCACAAGCGACUACGUACUCUCCAAAUUCGAGGGACAUUCGAUCCGAAUGUGAUUGAGCCUGUACCUACUCGGUUUCAUGCGUCGUUCUUCGAGUUCCUGACAUCGAAGACCAGCAUGCCCUUCCAGCUGGACGCUACGAUUUCUCUAACCCUUGCUCCCAUUGACGCCCAUGUUCGAUCGGCAAAGAAAUGUCUGAGCACCAUGGUCUCGAUCUCACCCGCCGCCUACCCUCCCUCGGUACCGCUAUCCCCCAUCCUCCUAUAUUCGACCAAGUACUGGGCGUUUCACCUUGCGCACGGAACGGAUCGCUUCCAACCGCUUCCGCCCGAGCUGGAAACCCUGCUGGACCGAAUGUCCAUUGAUACAGCACUCUGGUGGGCGAACAGAUUCAUCGGGGCAACUUGCCUUCUCAAUCCCGAGGAGCUUGCGGAAUGGGAGCGUGAUUUGGUGGGUCUGGAGAGGGCACAGAUUUUCAUCGAGGUUGGCGAGUUGGCCGCUGAGCAGCAUCUCAUCGGGGAACCCGCCUGGUGGACCUGGGCGGCAUCCCCCUGGGAAGCGGCGGUGCGGUUCAAAGAGUCCCGGGCCAAUCUCGAGUUGCUGCAACGGCUCACGUAUAUGUACAUCCCUAUCGAGCCGAGUCCUGAAAAAUGUGUCUCUUCGGCCGUUUCCAUCCUCGAACACUGUGUGGAGGUCUCCAAGUCGCAGAACGGGGCUUUGUUAUUCCUUUUGGCGGGAGCGUACCAUAAUUCGCAUACCGGCUCUGGCAGAAUUGAGGAUGUUGACAAGGCGAUUUCGGUUGGCCGUGCUGCUUUGGCUCUUCUGCCCCAUCCCAACCCUAGUGGACCGGACCACGGAGACGUACUGCGCGAUCUGGCUGUCUAUUCCAACAGUCGCUACGACAAGCAAGGUACCCUUGCCGACCUCGACAAUGCCAUCUCACUAGGACGCGAAGCUCUCUCCCUCCGACCCCAUCCCCACCGAAACCGCGCACACACGCUUCACAACCUCGCAAUCUACCUGGUCAAGCGGUUCGAAAAGCGAGGCAACAUCGCCGACCUUGACGAUGCCAUCUCCCUCGGGCGGGAAUCUCUAUCCCUGCAGUACCGCGCCCGGCCAGACCGGGACGGCUUGUUGGACGUUACGGCAACCACCCUGCACAAUCUCUCGCUCCAUCUGGUCCGCCGCUUCAUGCAGCAGGGCGAGAUUGCGGACCUCGAUGAAGCUAUCGCUCUGGGGCGCAGAGGCCUCGCCAUCUUGCCGCCCCUCCACCCACACCGGGCGGUCGCUUUGGUCGAAGUCUCCGGGUACCUUUGGGCGAAGUUUUUGAAGCAGGGUGGGAUGGACGUCCUUGAGGAUGCUAUCGCUCUCGGACGCGAGGCGUUGGACCUCCGGCCUCACCCGCAUCCGAUUCGGGCGCGCAUAUUGUUCAACCUCGCUGGGUACUUGUGUCAGCGCUUCACGGAGACAGGCGAUAUUGCUGACCUCGACGAUUCCAUCUCGUUCGCAAGGGAGGCUCUUUCCCUCCAACCGCACCUCCAUCCAAACCGGGAAAAUACGAUAUACGGCCUGGUGGUGUCGCUGCUGUAUCGGUGCAAGACAACGGAUCCGCUACCACAUCUCGAUGAGAUCAUCACACUUUGCAAUGAGGCUUUGGCUUCGCUUCAGCCCUCGCAUCCACUCCAUUUUGCUUUUUCUAAUUGGCUUGUUGAAGCUCAAGCGGCCAAGGAUGGUAGUCGAACUGUGGAUUCGAUCGGAGCGGCUGACUUGAAGUCAUUAACCCUUCAAAUCGAUAUCGCACCAGGUCAAAAUACGCCGCAGCGUACUUUGAACACCUUUUGUCAGCUGCCCGCAAUUUGA